AUGUCGCCGCCAUCCGGAGAAGAAAGCCGAAGGAGACUUCCAAAGUCCAAGACUGGGUGUCGGCGGUGCAAGAAGCGCAAGAUCAAGGUGACGUCAAGUUUUGUUUCCACUCAACCACCGAAUACUGACCGGAACAAACCACUAGCACGCAACUUUUGGCGUAUCAACAUACCACAGAUGGGAUUCGAGACAAACUACAUCCUAAGGGGUAUAUUGUCACUCUCGGCCCUGCAUCUUGCACGCUUCAGGCCAGAGCGCAAGGACUUCUAUGUCGCUCAGGCAAUCCUCCAUCACAACGCGGCAUUGGCCACAGCCUCACCGCUGUAUCCUAAUAUCAACGGCGAGAAUUGCGUGCCCCUGUUCCUAUUUAGCACCAUUAACCUGUUCUUCGUUUUUGCCAAGCCGAAAGACCCUACGGAUUUUCUCCUUGCGAGUAACCACGCCGUUCCGGAUUGGCUCUAUCUCUUUCGAGGUGUUCGUGCGGUGCUUCAUGCGGAACAUGACAUGUUACAUGCGUCUUCGAUAUCAGGCAUGUUUGAGACUGGAGUGCAAACGCACCGGAUCUGGGUUGCUCACACAUUCGAAAACGAGGCUUUCCGAGAGCUGGAGGCUAAUAUAGUCGCGUGUGUUCCUGAAGACUCUCCAAAGCUGGAAGCACUUCUCGAUGCUCUGCUCUCGUUAAAACGGAGCUUCUACCUGGUGUACGAAAGCGGUCAAACGGAUGAGAACAAGGCUAGGGGUGUCUUUAUUUGGUUAUUUGCGAUUAAAACUGAGUAUAUCGAGCUGGUGGGGGACGCUGACAGCGAGGCACUAUGCAUUUUGGCCUUUUUCUGCAUCCUUCUGAGACGGUUGGAUUUUAAUUGGUGGAUUGAGGGCUGGGGACUGCACCUCAUGGGGCGGAUAUAUGCAAUGCUGAAUGUCAACUAUAGACUAGUGAAGAUCAGACGCAGCGUCGAGCUGGCAUAG